GGUGAUUCAAUAACGCGCUGUCGACAGUACACGCCAGUUAUACGACAUCGACACAUCAGUCAUGGCUGAAGAAAGCAGCAACGAAUAUACGCCUCUUGACUUAAGCAUGAAGAACGAAGCAGCACCAAGUACAAGCCGCGACGGUACCCAGGGCGCUUCAUCUACUUUGGGCGCCUACAGAACGAAUGCUGACGAUGCCUUGCGCUACCAGGGGAAAACACACCACACGCCGAUGACCGACGAGACUUGCAGUGUCGACGGUGUCGCUAACAAUGGCAGCACACGUUGCCAGCACUUGGGGUCCAUCAGGAGCAUCGAUAACGUGAGGCCCAGCACAAGUCGCGCUGGCAUGGAAGAAGCAUCAGCCAAGUUUGAAGACAGCACCACGAAUGCUACUGGAACCAGAGGAAGAGAACAGCAAGUGCUCUGCGGUGCCAGUGGAAAGGUUUUCAGCAGACGGGACACCUCGCACGGGCAACCCAAUGAAAUCACGGACCGUACAGCCCCCAUGUUCAGAGCACGUGAUCGAUUACCUGUCAAGAAGUCGAACCACAAAUGCGUAAUAUGUGGUAAAUUGUUAAGCCGUACUACUACUCUAAAUGCACAUUACCGCGUGCAUACAGGCGAGAGCUCCUACAAAUGCAAAAUAUGUCAUAAAAUGUUCGCGCACAGGGGCAGUUUCCAUUGGCACCAAAAGAUUCACACAGGAGUGAAACCAUAUAUUUGCCAAAUAUGCACUAAACCAUUCAAAAGCAAAUGGGAACUUACCAGGCAUCUCGGGUCGCAUAGUAGCGAUAGACCUUUCGUUUGUGAAAUCUGUAAUCUCUCCUUCAAACGCAGGUCACAUCUCCGAAGUCACCAACGUAUUCACGAGGGUAAAAUGCUGUACGAGUGCAAGCAGUGUGGAUUUCGUUCCUCAAAGAAAGAAAACCUAGACUCGCAUCUCUGCGAAAAUAUUAUUUGCCACUUGUGUGGAGGUUCGUUUACAGAUGAAUCUCAACUGAUUGCACAUCUCGUGACGCAUAGGGGUGGGCAGUCUUAACAUUGUGACUAGUGCGAAAGUAAAGUAAAUCACCCACGGAUGUUGCAUAGGAAUGUGACCGUGAAGUCGUACAGGAACCGACAUUCCGACAUUCUCCCACAGCGCCGGCAAACUAACAUCGUGUGGAUUGACGGGCUUCUUUUGGCGUUUAAAACUGCUGAGUGAAAUGCGAGGCGUAAUGUAUGCCGCUUGAUUUUUCGUAAUUACGAGACAAAACGUCGUCUCCAGCAAAAUUUGUCAUGCUUGAAUAUCUUAAAUAUCGAAGUAUACAGCAGGUCCUAACUAGAACCCACUGUUACCACAACUCAGUUGUUCGCCAACGUAGCUUUAGCAACCUCAUUUUUAGACAAACCCUAAUGAGUCGCAAUUUUGUGUUUUUUGCUAAUAGAAGGUUGGAAUGUUCGCACAAGAUGAUUGACACCUCAUUGAGUUUUGUGCAAGCGUUUUGACAGUGUACUCGUCAACAAGAUUUAUAAACAUGCCUCCGAAAAUUCUGCAGUGCACCUCUCAUUAGGAACCAUUUAAAAAAGGAGGCACUGUGUUCUUAUCAUCUAAUAACUAAUGAAACUAAUCUCUUCCAAUAAUUCAGGUCCUUAGGCAUUCCUGCCUCCCAGAGUCUGCCUUUAGAACAAGGCAUGGGUAAAUUUAUAUCCCUUAAAAAUUGUUGAAUAAACGUCAUUUUUCGGUUCUCUUUAGCUCUUGUAUCGAUACCGGAGACUUUGAAUCAUUACAAUGCUGAUGACAACAGUGAGACUGUACUAGACUCAAAUCAUUUGGAGCUUAUCCAUAUAUCAUCUUCCACUACGAAUAUUUUAGGUAUUGCCGUAUUCUGGUGGAAACUCUGCUAGAUUUAAAGCCCAGUUUUUUAUUCACUUUGGAGUUUUCUCUUUUGACUUGCGCUUCACUCUAACUAUAGCUGUGGAAUGUUUUAGCCUGAU